CUGCGGGGUGCACCGUGGUGGAUGUUCCUCCCUCAGUCUCCACUGCCGUGGAGAGACAACCGAGCUGGACUCAUGCUGACCGGGGCUUCACACGAGGUGGUGUUGCCCUCCACCACCCCUCUGCAAGGCAACAUGUGGGGGGCUCACCGCGUGUCUCCAUGCGUGCGGCAGUGCCAUCUGCCAGCACGACAUCCCAGCGGCAGAGAGGUGCUGGCCCUGCAGGGUUGUUGGGGGCAGGCGGGGCCUCGGGGGGGCUGUGAGCCCCGAGGCGAUGCUCGCGGGCCGCCUUCCCCCCCGCAGCGCGAGCGGGAGUGCGUGGGAAGGAGUUAGACAAAGCCUGAGCCCGGGAGCAGAGGCAGCGCUGCCGGGAGGGAGACGGGGACGUUCUCCCCUCCCCAUCCUCCCCCCGAGCGAGGGCUGAGCAGAAGCCCUCCUCGUUCCCGUCCGCGGCGGCAGAAGGGACCCGCACGUCCCCGUCCUUCGGGCUGGCAGCCGCGGGGUGCAGCGGGCAGCGGGACGGCGCCGGUGGCCCCGCGGUGAUGCCCGGCGGGGAAGUGGACAUCUCCAUCACCAGGGUCUCCAGGCCACGGCCCUGUGGCCCCAGCAGCCAGAGCAGCCCCUGAAUCCCACUCGUGGCUCAGUCACACCAGGGAACAGCUGUUUUUGUGGACUAGCAUGGGAGAAGCCUUCCCCGGGCAUGGGCAGCACUAGGGAGCCCGAGGCCCUGCAGCUGCUGAGCCGAGAGGCUGAGGACACUUGUGAGCCUGGUGCCAGCUCUUCGGGCUGCCCGCCAGUGGGUGAGCGCUUGCCCAGCUCUGGCUGCACCGUGGAUGGCCGUGGCAUGAGGACCUGCUGUGUGGCCGAGCCCGAGGCCCUGGGCACUGUGGAGAAGGUGCCGGUGCCAACAGGACUGGGGAGCUGCGGGGCAGCCGGUGGUACUGCCCCUGCCUGCGGUCCUAUGGAGCCAGGGGGCACCCAGAAGGAGAAGGCCACCCCUGUGCCCUCCCUGCCUGAGCCCUGCCUCAAGGCACCCAGCAAGGACGUGGGCAGCACGCCGGCUCCAGCCAAGCAUGUGGCAUUCCUGGAGCCAUCAGUGGGAGCUGAACCGCCCUCCCCGAUGCCAAGCCAGGAGCAGCCCCAGGGUGGCACAGGGGGCACCGAGACCCCCGAGCAGCUCCAGAGAGUUGGGGAGCAGGGCAGAGCUGAUAGGAGCACCGAGAGCACCCAGCAGCCCCGGACUGCCAAGCUGCUCUGUGGGUCCUACUCAUUCGAGGUGACACCCCCGCAGGAUGCCGGCAUGCAGGACACAGGGACACAAGUGGACAGCCGUGCAUCCCUGGUGUCAGUGGCACUGAGCCCUAUGAGCCCCCCGGGUGGAGCAGCCGCUUUCACCUUCCCCAAGAGAGAGCUGGGCUCUGCCCCACGCCUGGAGCCCUCCAAGAAGGACGCGGAGAUGCAGGUAUCCAUGCCUGUGGAGACGCGUUCGGUGGCCACCGGGCCCAUGACGCCAGUGGCCAAGUCCCCACAGGCCUCAUACCCCGAGGUGCACGUGAAAGGGGUGGUGGAGGAGGCUCCAGAGCCCAUCCGGGAGGUGAGCUGGGACGAGAAGGGGAUGACGUGGGAGGUGUACGGGGCCUCCAUGGAGGUGGAAGUGCUGGGCAUGGCCAUCCAGAAGCACCUGGAGAAGCAGAUCGAGGAGCACGGGCGGCAGGCGGUGGCCACCCCGCAGAGCACCCGCGCCAGCUCCAUCAAAGGGGCUCCACGCAAGGGCGAGCCCAAGAGGCAGCCCAGCGUCUUCCGGGCUCUGCUGCAAAAUGUCCGGCGGCCGCGGUGCUGCUCUCGCACCGGCCCUGCCGUGGAGUGAGCUACUGCCCACCCCAGUGGGACGGAGGGGACAUGGGGAAGUGUCCCUGCCCUGCGUCCCGAGACGCCUGCUGCCGGCGUGCAGCGCUCCAGGCGGAUGAUGAUGGAGUGCUGCAGGUGGGGAUGGGGCGUCUCAUCUGCUGGGGUCCCCCCCAGCCCUGGGACACGAGAUGGGUGCCAUCUCCCUGUGCGAGGGGUGGGGGCCUGACCGUGGCUUAGAGCUGGGCUCGUGGGCAGCAGCAGUGACAACUGUCCCUCGCUGCCCACCCCACUCCUGUUCUUGCCACAUCAGCAUCAUGUCCCACUGCUGUGCCCAGCAGAAGGGCUGUGGGGCUGGAGCACGUCUGCUCGGGGCCAUCAGCUGCUUGUCCCCGUCACUGCAGCUGGAGGCGUUUGGGGAGGUUGUCUCCAUAGUCCCCAGCCCUCCCUGGCUGCAGUCGAAGCACGGGAAAUGUCCAUGUCCUGUCCCGGUGGUGGGGAAGGAGCCUCCCAGCCACGCUGCUGUGAGCAGCACCCAGAGCCCCCAGGCUGUCCCUUUGUGGAUCCCCCAGCCUUGCUCGCUGCUCCCCCUGGGGCCGCGCCAGCUGCAAAGUGCUGCCACUUUUUACCGCUGGGAUUUUGCAGGGGGGUGGGGGGUGGGGGGGCUUUUCUUGAACCGUGUUUGCAUUUUUGGAGCUUUUUAAGAGACACUUUCAGCCGUCAGCCAACUCCCCCCCAGCAGCCUGCGGGGCUGCAGCUCUUUCAAAACACUGUCCCUGUAUCCCUGCCUUGCUGGGCGGAACCAAGAGCAAAGUCGGUGUGCUGGGGGGGUGAGCACCCCUCUGCCAGCAGUACCUCGGUGUCAGUGCCAAACUGUCAGGCCCCACAUCUCGCCUCCUGCUCCCCCCCCACCAGUCUGACUCAGUGCACCUGAGCUGCAGGAGGCUGCAAAAAAUUGGUGUGCUGGGGAUCCCUUGGCCUGCCAGUCCACUCCACUACGGCUUCAUCCCCAAAUUUCUUUGUUUUCCUCUGUUUUUUGGGGGGGUGGGGGGGAGGAAGGGGGUGGGAGAACUACACUUGUCAGUUUGGGUGUUGGGUAAUAAAACAUUGCAGAAAGCUCUGUGCAGUGCUGCCAGCAGCUCUUGGUGGGGACAUGUGGGGUGACAGACAGCAGGGUGGCACAGAGCCCUGUGGU